AUGCCGGACUAUCUUGGAGAUGAUAUGCGCAAGAACAAGAAGGAUCCUACAAAGGAAGAGGAGGAAAAGACUUUUCAAGGUAAUAUUUUGUCUUUUUGUUUUUGAUUUUAGGUGAUAAUUGGGAUUUUCUUAGCUUUUUUUGUAUUUUUGAGUCAAAAUGGAUUCGAACGGCUAAAACAAUAUAAUUUUUAGCACUGGACGAGGGAGAUAUUGCCAUUCUGAAGAGAUAUGGACAAGGCCCUUAUGCCGAACAGUUGAAACAGUUAGAAGGCGACAUUGAUAGCUGUUUGAAGCGAGUAAACGAGCUUUGUGGUGUAAAAGAAAGUGACACUGGGUUGGCGCCUCCAGCUUUGUGGGAUAUUGCGGCUGAUAAACAAGCAAUGCAACAGGAACAGCCUUUGCAAGUCGCUAGAUGUACAAAGAUUAUUACUGGUGAGGGUCAUGAUCCAAGAUACUUGAUCAAUGUCAAGCAAUUUGCCAAGUUUGUUGUUGACCUUGCUGACACCGUUGCUCCGACUGAUAUUGAAGAAGGCAUGAGAGUUGGUGUUGACAGGAACAAGUACCAGGUAUUUUUUGACAAUUUUUUUGUUUUUCUUAAUGUCUUUCUUAAUUUUGGUAUAAUUUUGUUGUGUUAAGUUAUUCAAAUUACUAUAAUAUCAUGAAGAACAUAGUCUAAAAUUCUUUCUCGAAAUUAUUUUUUUUUUUUUAAUAGUAUAUGUUGUUUUACAGAUUCACUUACCACUUCCGACCAAAAUUGACCCAACUGUUACAAUGAUGCAGGUCGAAGAGAAGCCAGAUGUUACUUAUGCUGAUAUCGGUGGCUGCAAGGAACAGAUCGAAAAGUUGAGAGAAGUUGUUGAAACUCCAUUACUUCACGUAAGUUUUAAAUAGCUUAUUUUAAAAAUAUUUUUUAGGAAUUAUUGUACUUGAAUAUAUCCUUGAAGCAGUGUUUAUAUAACCUUCAUUUUUUAGCCAGAACGUUUCGUCAACUUGGGUAUUGAACCUCCAAAGGGUGUACUAUUGUAUGGUCCACCUGGUACCGGAAAAACGUUGUGUGCUCGAGCUGUAGCCAACAGAACUGACGCUUGCUUCAUUCGUGUCAUCGGCUCGGAGCUGGUCCAAAAGUACGUAGGAGAAGGUGCUCGUAUGGUCAGAGAACUGUUCGAAAUGGCAAGAACCAAGAAGGCCUGUCUAAUCUUCUUCGAUGAAAUCGAUGCCGUUGGUGGAGCCAGAUUUGACGACGGUAUGGGCGGCGACAACGAGGUACAAAGAACCAUGUUGGAGUUGAUCAACCAGUUGGACGGUUUCGAUCCAAGAGGAAACAUUAAGGUAUUGAUGGCCACCAACAGACCCGACACCUUGGAUCCUGCUCUAGUUCGUCCCGGUCGUCUGGACCGUAAAAUCGAGUUUGCAUUGCCAGAUCUGGAAGGCCGAGCUCACAUCUUCAAGAUCCAUGCCAAACAAAUGAGUGUGGAACGAGACAUCAGAUACGAUCUCUUGGCCCGUCUGUGUCCCAAUGCUACUGGUGCCGAAAUCAGAUCCGUGUGCACGGAAGCCGGCAUGUUCGCUAUCAGAGCUAGAAGAAAGAUGGCGACCGAAAAGGACUUCCUCGAAGCCAUCAACAAGGUCAUCAAGGUCUACGCUAAGUUCUCGGCCACUCCAAGAUACCUAACACAUAACUGA